AUGAUAAAGUUUUGGAAAAGUGCAGCGAAAGGCAAGAGUGGAUGCCCCGUGCGGCCACCGGAAGAAAAUAGAUCAAACGCUCUAGAGGCUAAUUUUUAUAUUAACUCCACUAAUAAUCUCGAUGAUGUUGCUGAACUAUUUGAAAAAAAGUCUAAAUUAUGUUUAAAACUUAAUGAUAUACUAAAAGAUCGAAAGGCUAUUAAAAAUUUCGUAAUCUUUAUGGAAUCUCAAGGAAAUUCUUUAUUAUUAAAAUGUUGGUUGGAACUUGAAAAAUUUCGAUUAAAUGUGUUAUGUUCCAAUGAAAGUAAUGAGAGAAAUCAUAAUAAGUUAUCUCAUGCUAAAAGUUUGGAUAUUCACUGUACCUGCAUUAAACCUAAUUCCCUUCGUGAUAAUCACAAACUGCUUAAUUGGAGAGGGAGUACCAGUAAUUUGAGAAUGUUGGAACGGUCACAUGGUGGAAGUUCUUGUAGCAAUUUAAACGAUAACUUUGUGGAGUCAUGUGAUUUUUGUGAAAAUAAUCAAUAUAUUGACCUUACUCAUGAAGCAGUAAAAUUGUUUAAAAAAUAUGUAGCGUUAGAGGCACCAUGUAAGCUAGAUGUACCAGAUAAAUUAAGAAAGGUACUUAUAUCAAAUAUUUGCCAUCCAGAAGGGCAAAUAAAAGAAAACUGUUUUAAACCAAUACAAGAUUACUUGUUUCAACAGAUGGAGACAAAAUAUUUUAAUGGCUUUAAAAAUCAUGCUUUAUACACUAAGUCACAAAUUGAUGUUUUAACAACUGGAACUAUUGAUUUGAGGGAUAUUAUUUACAAUGAAAAUAUUUUAUUUUACUUUACUGAAUACUUAGAGCAAGAAUCUCGUAGUAUGCUUCUUGAAUUUCUUAUGGCUGUCACUCACUUUAGAGACAACCUUAUUAAUGGUAAUACAACUUCUGACCAGGCUCAAGCAGAUGCUAUUGUUUUAUAUGAAAAGUAUUUUUCAUUACAAGCCACUAGCCCCAUUGGCUUCUCAACAGAUAUAAGAUUAAAAAUUGAAAGUAAUAUUUGCAGAGAAGAAGGCACUAUUGCAACAUGUUUUGACAUAGCAUACAUAGUUGUUUAUAAUAGCUUAAAUAAUUAUGUAAGAACAUUUUUAGAAUCUGAACUUUACUACACAUAUCUUUCGGAAAUGGUAAAAUCUGUGGACCUCCUUUCUCCAACUAGUUGCAAAUCUCAAUCGGAUUGCAGUAGUGAAUUUAGCAUAAGUACUCAUAAUACAUUAUUGGCCAUGGGUGAUCCUCUCUAUAAAAAGAAACGUAACCUCUCUGUACCUGACAUGACUAUAGACUCUAAUCAACUUUAUAAUGCUGAUGCCCUAUGGCAAAGAAAAACACAUGAUGGUUUGAGUCUAGGUAGAAUAAAUAGUUUAGGAAGAUUUGAAUCUAAAUUAGAGCCAGAUCCAGAUAAGAAAGAUAAAUCAAUACUAAAGAAAAUGGUCAAUAAGUUUGUUCCAAUGAGCACAUCCAGAGUAGAAGAGGAAAUGGCUUGGCAAAUAGCACAUAUGAUAGUUAAAGAUGUAACUGACUUGACGAUGGCACCACAGGAAAACGAUAAUGAGGAUUAA